GGGGCGGGGUGAGAAGGCUCGCGCCGGUAAAGGCGCAGCCUGGAGCGCGGUGGAGAGUUCUGCCCGGGAGCACCGCCUGGCCCUCCGGACUCGCCGCCUGCCCCUCCCCCGUCCGCCGCCGUCACCCGGGAAACGGGCCGCGAUCGCCCGCCGACCCGAAGCUUGUUUCAUGGCAGCCACGAAGAAAGCAGUUUUGGGGCCGCUGGUGGGGGCAGUGGACCAGGGCACGAGCUCGACGCGCUUUUUGGUUUUCAAUUCAAAAACAGCAGAACUACUUAGUCAUCAUCAAGUGGAAAUAAAACAAGAAUUUCCAAGAGAAGGAUGGGUGGAACAAGACCCUAAGGAAAUUCUGCAGUCUGUCUAUGAGUGUAUAGAGAAAACGUGUGAGAAACUUGGACAGCUCAAUAUUGAUAUUUCCAACAUAAAAGCUAUUGGUGUCAGUAACCAGAGGGAAACCACUGUGGUCUGGGACAGGUUAACUGGAGAGCCUCUCUACAAUGCUGUGGUGUGGCUUGAUCUAAGAACCCAGUCUACCGUUGAGAAUCUUAGUAAAAGAAUUCCAGGAAAUAAUAACUUUGUCAAGUCCAAGACAGGCCUUCCACUUAGCACUUACUUCAGUGCAGUGAAACUUCGUUGGCUCCUUGACAAUGUGAGAAAAGUUCAAAAGGCUGUUGAAGAAGAUAGAGCUCUUUUUGGGACUAUUGAUUCAUGGCUUAUUUGGAGUUUGACAGGAGGAGCCAAUGGAGGUGUCCAUUGUACGGAUGUGACAAAUGCAAGUAGGACGAUGCUUUUCAACAUUCAUUCUUUGGAAUGGGAUAAAGAGCUCUGCGAAUUUUUUGAAAUUCCAAUAAAAAUUCUUCCAAAUGUCCGGAGUUCUUCUGAGAUCUAUGGCCUAAUGAAAAUCUCUCAUAGCCUGAAAGCUGGGGCCUUGGAAGGUGUGCCAAUAUCUGGGUGUUUGGGGGACCAGUCUGCUGCAUUGGUGGGACAAAUGUGCUUCCAGGAUGGACAAGCCAAAAACACGUAUGGAACAGGCUGUUUCUUACUAUGUAAUACAGGCCGUAAGUGUGUAUUUUCUGAACAUGGCCUUCUGACCACAGUGGCUUAUAAACUCGGCAGAGACAAACCAGUAUAUUAUGCAUUGGAAGGUUCUGUGGCUAUAGCCGGUGCUGUUAUUCGCUGGCUAAGAGACAAUCUAGGAAUUAUAAAGACCUCAGAGGAAAUUGAAAAACUUGCUAAAGAAGUAGGUACUUCUUAUGGCUGCUAUUUCGUCCCAGCAUUUUCAGGGUUAUAUGCACCUUAUUGGGAGCCCAGUGCAAGAGGGAUCAUCUGUGGGCUCACUCAGUUCACCAAUAAAUGCCAUAUUGCUUUUGCUGCAUUAGAAGCUGUUUGUUUCCAAACCCGAGAGAUUUUGGAUGCCAUGAACCGCGACUGUGGAAUUCCGCUCAGUCAUUUGCAGGUAGAUGGAGGAAUGACCAACAACAAAAUUCUCAUGCAGCUACAAGCAGACAUUCUGUAUAUUCCAGUAGUGAAGCCCUCGAUGCCUGAAACAACGGCCCUGGGCGCUGCCAUGGCUGCAGGGGCUGCAGAAGGCGUUGGCGUUUGGAGUCUCAAACCCGAGGAUUUGUCAGCUGUCACGAUGGAACGGUUUGAACCCCAGAUCAACGCUGAGGAAAGUGAAAUUCGUUAUUCUACGUGGAAGAAAGCUGUGAUGAAGUCAAUGGGUUGGGUCACAACUCAGUCUUCGGAAAGUGGUAUCCCAUAAAUAAUACCAACUCAUGGAUUCCACAGAUGCGAGCUCUUCAUCUAAUGAGAGAAUCCAGCGGUUGUCUCUUAGUGUGAUGACACUAUUCAUAGACUCUGAUUUUAUUUAUAAGCCACUCGCUGCAUGACCCUCCAAGUAGACCUGUGGCUUGAAAUAAAGAAAAUGCAGCAGAAAGAAUGCUAUAGAAACAUUUGGUGUGUUUUUUAACAUCAACAGUUAAGAUUGGACCAGCCACCUUUGGGGCUGACCCUUCUUUUGCCAUCCCUUCCUGCCCCAUUCCCUCUAAGAUCUAAGAAGAAUUCAGAUCCUGUCCAUUGGAAUCUUUCAUCAAACAUCUUCGAACGCUCAUGGGCCAGGAUUUGAUUCUCUGCAGCACACACACUUGAUUAAAGGUUUAUUACUAACAGGCUAAAAAUGAGCGACUUUUUGUUUGUUUCUUUUUAAUAGACCCCCAAGAGUCCUCUUUUCUGCAUAUUAGGGAGACCACAGCAUCUUCACUGAAUGUUUAAAUGGAAACUUCUACUAAAUUCUUAAAAUGGAAAUUUAGUACUCUCGUAGCUUAGAUAUUUUUCUGAAAAGUAUUUGCUAAAGCUGAAAUUCUUUGGACAUUUUAUAUGGUCUCACUAAUUACACUGAAUUGCUGUCUGGAUCUUAUAGGGAAGGACACUUUUUCCUUUUUUUUCCAUCUCUCCUUUUUGUAUUUUUUACUUUGUAUGUGUAACAUACAUGCCUAUAUAUUUUAUAUACUGAGGGUAGCCCAUUUAUAAAUUAAGAGCACAUUGUAUUCAGUAGGUUUAUUGGGGCUGGUCUUAAGUGGACCACUAUGUGUAGAAAUAUUUUGGGGAAAACACUGUACACAUUUUUGGACAACAGUUAUGCAUAUUAUUUACCAGGAGAAACUUUUUCUUAAAGAGCCAACAUUGAAAAUUUAAGUAUAUGUUCUCUGUCAAUAAAAAAAUGUACUUUAUUGUGACUUCAACUAUAUUUUUUAUAUCUUACCAUUUUAUUUGUUUUAGCUGGAUGUAUGCUUUAAAAAAAACCUGUGGAAUACUACAGUAAAUAUUGUUUUCAAACACAAGCACUAGUACAUAUAAAGUUAUUUUCCUUUGUCAUAAUUUUAGACAUAUUUGGGAUCCUUUUGAAGAGAUGUCAAAAAAGUUUAAAAACUUAAGUAGAAUAAAACCUUAGUAAUAAAGCCAAGAAUCUCUUUUUAUCUAAAUAUGUUAUCAGUUGCUGAUAAGCAAUUAUUUCUAUUUGGAAUGACAGAGAAUUAUUUCUUCUUACUGUCAUUAUAACUGAAAAAAAUGUUUAUUAUUAGAAAUGAAUUCCAAUGAAACCAAGAAUUUCUCAAAAUAUUUAGUAUUACGUGUUAUAAAAACUUACCUAAUCUAGCUGCUUAAUGUCAAUCUAAAAAAUAUUUUUAAAUUAAUUUGUUUACUACAAAUAAGAAAAUAGUGCCUCCCAAUUAUUUUCUUCAGUCAGUGCUGAAAAUGGCAAAAUAUUUAUAUAUUAAUAUAAAAGAUUUUGUUUUGUUUGGAAUUAAUGAUAGUUUGCAUUUGCAGUUCUGAUUGUACUGUUUCUACAUUAUUGAAUCUGCUGGGUUUUAUUGAUGCAGCUGCCAAUUUAGUGAGAUAAAUAUUAUAGAAAGGUAUCAUGAGAUUAUUACUUCGUGGCAAGGGUACUUUUUAACAUAAUUAUGUUUCUACAAAGGUAGGUUGAGUUAAUUGGAAAUAAUUGUGAAAAUCACUGUUCAAAUAAUUUUAAGAUUGAUUUUCUAUAAAUUGCAAUAUUUAUAAAUGUUUGAAAUUGUACACAUUGAUAUUUAAUGAUAAAUGUACUUAAAAUAAAUUGACCCCUCAUUC